CCUCAUAUCACAGUGGGCCUCCGAUCAGGAUAUCGUAGAGAGCGUGUGUCUAUGUUGGAACCGUGCAAUGCGGACAGUACAGAAGCAGUAUGCUCCACUCAUAGAGGGGACCGUGGAGCUCAUCAUAAAGUGCUACGCUGCAGUUCACUAUGCCAUGCUCCUAGACUCAGCAGCCCAGCUGGUGCAGCUGUUUGGGAAGGAGGCUUCGUGUUCAAGACUGAUGGCCGCUCUGCUCCAACAGCUCCAUACCCUCUCCCUACCCUUCUUUCAGUCUGCUCUGGUGGAGUAUCCAGAUACUCUUCAGUCUUAUCUUCGACUCAUGUCCACGGCCUUGAAUACCUGCCCUGCUCUACUCCUUGGGAUCAAUGGAGUGCCUCAGGAUCUUUUUGAUAUUGGUCUAGCUGGACUGGAGAGACCAGAGCAACAGACUGUCAGAUUUGCAUCCAGCUUCUUUGUGAGCUACGUGUCACUGGCUGACACGGCGGACGCAGUCAGCACUGUCGUCUCUGACAAGGGAGGCUCUCUUGUGCAGUACUUACUGCAGGCAAUUGCAGGGGCGGCCCCUCGUUCCCACCUCCCAUUCUUCAGCGAGGUGCUGGGUGCUCUGUGUGCCCACUGUGCCAGUCACCUGUCACACUGGCUAGAGGAUCUUCUCUCUCAAGAUGGCUUCCCCACCCACCAUGUCUCUCUCACUGAGAAGAAUGAUUUCAAGGCCACCGUCAUGCGACAAAGAGGUGGUCAAGGUAGUUCACGUCUCCUGAAAGAUAAGGUAAAAGAGUUUUCUCUGAUGUGUAGAGGUUUCCACGGAACACUCUAUGCCCUCCAGACUUAAUCUUCACCUCACUCUAUAAAUCAAAAAUCAUAUUCUCACGUUUGUAUGAAUCACCAUGUGCCUGUAUUGUAACCACAUCAGUUUCUAGAGUGGAUGCCUUGGUUUAUAGGAAGUAUACGUUUCCAGACGUAUGGUGCGUAUUCCCCUUGCUCAUUAUGGAGCAUGAUAUUGUGGGUAUAUUAAAGUGUUCUAAAGUUUUAGUUGAUGUAACUCGGCAAUCUACCCGAAAAGUUCAGAACAUUAAAUGUAUCUGCGUUUUGUCAAAAAAUAGAUUAAUGUGGUAUAUUAUAUAUACAUAAUUCCACCUCAUGAUUGUUAUUGUGAUUAUCAAAAUAUUUAUCACCCUUCUUGUAUGCUGGGUAUGGUAUGUACAAAACAAACAGUAAUGCCAAUCAUUGGGUCGUAUAUAUAAAGUGAUCAUAUUUUCCAUACGUAUGUAGUUCAGUCAAUGCAAGAUUCUGAGCCCAACAUGUUCUCGAUGCUCUGGG